AUGGGCGUCAACCACAACGAUGACGAGGCCGUUGCCAUGGAACGGAGGCUCUCUGUCCAGAAAGAAGGGGACCACGAAAUGACCCAAGAAACAUCAACAGGGGAAGCCCUUGAUGUGGAGCUCGAUCCCGCAAUGGAGCAGAAGCUCCUGAUGAAACUCGAUCUCGCUUUUGUGCCUAUCAUUAUGCUAACCUACUUGUCUUGCUUUCUCGAUCGCUCCAACAUCGGAAAUGUCAAGGUUGCGAAUAUGCCUGAAGACAUCCACGCAUCCGAUAGCCAGUUCUCUACGGCAGUCUCCAUUUUCUACGUCACCUACGUCCUCUUCGAAUCCCCCUGGGCCGUAUUGAUGAAGAAGCUCACCCCUCGGAACAUUCUCACUGGCCUCUGUAUCGUCUGGUCUUUGACGACGAUCUUCACGGGCUUCAUCAAGUCCGUAGGCUCUCUGUAUGCGACGCGAUUGAUUCUCGGCGCGUGCGAAGCUGGACUCUUUCCUUGCCUCAACUUGUACUUGACUAUGGUCUACCGCCGUGAGGAGCAAGCGAAGCGAGUGUCGUACCUGCUGAGUUGUGCGGCCAUCUCUGGUGCGGUCGGUGGGUUGCUGGCAUAUGCCAUCCUCCAUAUGGAUGGCGUUGCUGGCAAGGCAGGAUGGAGGUGGGUGUACAUUAUCGAGGGCAUCUUUAGCGCCCUCUGUGCAGUGCUCAUCUGGUUUGGGCUGCCGAACAACCCCGCGGAAGCCUAUUUCCUGAACGAGGAAGAGAAGUGGAUGAUGCGCGUGCGCAAUGAACAACGACGAAAGUAUAUGGGCAGCGAGAAGUUUAGUUGGAAGGAAAUGCGCAUCGCGUUGAGCGACCCCAAGCUGUUCUUUUCAGGACUCAUUCAAUUCUGUCAAGAUAUUCUCUUGUACGGAUUCAGCACCUUCUUGCCAACAAUCUUGAAAGGCAUGGGCUAUAACUCUUUGAUGAGUAACGUCUUGACCGUCCCGGUCUAUAUCUGGGCCGCUUUGGUCUUCAUAGCCGUGGCCUUUUGUUCUGAUCGAUACUCCAAGUUUGCAUCAUUCAUCUUCGCAACCAACAUCUUCGGUAUUAUCGGCUACAUCCUACUAUUAGCCGUAUCGAACAAGGCUGUGCAAUAUUUUGCAACAUUCCUCAUUGGGAUCACCACUUACACUGGCGUUGGGCUCAAUGUCGCAUGGAUCAAUGUGAAUGUCGCCCCUCAGUACCGACGAGCGCUGGAAAUUGGAUUACAACAAACCAUGGGCAAUUGCGCAGGCAUUGUGGCCGGACAAAUCUAUCGCAAAUCACCUUAUGUACUGGGUAACUCCUUCUCCCUUGGGGCCCUAGUGGUAUCCCAGGUGGUCGUGGCAGGAUUCGGGUUCUAUCUGCGUCGUGAGAACAAGGCCAAGGAGCUGAUUGAGAAUGGCGAGAAAGAAGAUACUCGACGGGUUCGAACAGGCGAUGGUGCAGUAGACUUUAAGUAUCUGUAUUGA